AAAAAGAAAUUGCCGCCUCUUUCUCUUCGCUGCUCACAAACUGUCGGGAGCUCAACGAUGGAGGCCUCAACCGCCACACCUCGGAGCUGCCUCUAUGAAACCCUAAGCCCACUGCCGUUGUCCUUCUCCCCGGACUCCGGCCAGUCCCCGCAACCUCCGGAGAGCCCCGGGCUCUACUCUGUGUUCCGGAACGAGAUCUCGCUCUCCGACCUGCACCCAUCUUCCCCCGGCGCCGCCGUCGCGCCAGAUUUUUUCUCCCUCGAUGUUGAGGCUGAGCCGGAGAGUGUGGAGGAGCCUGCAUCUCCGCGUUCGGCUUGGGAAGCCGAGCUGAAGACGCCUGCAAGGGAAGCCGAGCUGCCGAGGUUGGAGGGCUCGUGGUUCAGGGGAAAUAGCAGAUUCAAGAGUCCUAUGCUUCAGUUGCAUAAAGAGAUAGUCGAUUUCUGCGACUUCUUGUCACCAACUCCAGAAGAGCAAGCCCUUCGGAAUUCAGCUGUUGAAUCUGUAUUUGAAGUUAUUAAAUAUAUAUGGCCCAACUGCAGAGUAGAAGUUUUCGGGUCAUUCUGCACGGGACUAUAUCUUCCAACUAGUGAUAUUGAUGUUGUAAUUAUAGGUUCAGGUAUCAAAACCCCACAACUAGGUUUACAGGCCCUUUCGAAGGCACUAUCACAAAAGGGCAUUGCUAUUAAGAUACAGGUGAUUGCAAAGGCACGCGUCCCUAUCAUCAAAUUUGUAGAAAAGAAGAGCAAGGUUGCAUUUGAUAUAAGCUUUGAUGCGCAAAAUGGACCAGUAGCUGCUGAUUACAUCAAGGAUGUUAUAUCUAAGUUCCCUCCAUUGCGACCACUUUGUCUCAUCUUGAAAGUAUUUUUGCAGCAGAGGGAAUUGAAUGAGGUUUAUUCUGGUGGAAUCGGUUCUUAUGCGCUCUUAACCAUGAUUAUGGCAUUGUUGCGGAAUGUUCGUGCAAGCCAGGCUUCUCCAGAACAUAAUUUGGGAGUCCUUUUGGUAAACUUCUUUGAUUUUUAUGGACGCAAGUUGAACACAGCAGAUGUUGGUAUAUCCUGCAGAGGGGGAGGCGCAUUUUACUUGAAGAGUAGCAGAGGGUUUUCAUCAUCAAACUUCAGGGGAUGGCCAUUAAUCUCCAUUGAGGACCCACAGGCCCCGGAUAAUGAUAUUGGGAAGAACUCCUUUAACUAUUCCCAGAUUAGGUCGGCUUUUGCAAUGGCGUUCUCUACAUUGACGAAUCCUAAGACCAUCAUGAGCCUUGGGCCCCAGAGGAGCAUCCUUGGAACUAUAAUUAGACCGGAUCCAGUUUUGCUGGGGAGGAAGGGAGGGCGUAAUGGAGAGGUCACUUUCAAGAGCUUGCUUCCCGGUGCUGGAGAACCUGUGGAACUCGGUUUAGAAAGCGGGCAAGACAUGUUCUGCAACUGGCAGUGGGAUAACGAAGAAGAACCGCUUCCACGAGGAGGCAAUCUAUUCGAACCUUACACCGAACUGAAUUCCUCGGGAAAGAGGAAAAGAAAAUCAUCUACCUCUAAGAAGUCUGAUAAGAAGGAGAGAGUGGAUGAGGAUGCCAAAGUGCGGAAACGCCAAGAAGAAAGUGGCACAAAGGAUAAGACCCCGAAAAAUAACAGGAAGAAACAAAAGAAUCAACCGAACGGUAGUAUCAGAUAUCUCCGGGCUGGUUCCUUGUAGAAGAGUUCAUAGGUUUUUCACAAUUUUGUUUUCAUCAUCAUCUUGAAUGUAACGUUUGGACCGCCGAUUAUAAUAUUGCCUCACUUACAUUUACGGGGUGGUUAGUUAACCUAUGAGAAUUCUUUUAUCAUGAUUUCGAUUUCUCAAGCUGAUCGACAUCGAUGUAAAAUUUACACAUCGUGGAAA